CACGAAGAAGAGUUAGUUCCGGGUUGUUUGUUUUGGUCGGUUGUCGUGACAGCAGCAGCUAGCUUAGCUUCAGAUAAACAUGUCAGCUGCAGAGGACGACACCGAGCUGAGGGACCUGCUCAUCCAGAACCUGGAGAACAGCGGAGUGCUCAACAAGCUGAAGGCAGAGAUGAGGGCAGCAGUUUUUCUGGCCAUGGAGGAGCAGGACAAACUGGAGAACAAAACUCCACUCGUCAAUGAAAACCUGAAGAAAUGUCUCAACAGUAAAGACGGACGCCUGGUGGCCAGUCUGAUCGUGGACUUCCUGCAGGUGUUUAACCUGGAUUUCAGCCUCGCCGUGUUCCAGCCGGAGAUCAACUCGCUGAACGGCCUGGACAGCCGGGACCUGGUCUGCAGAGAGCUGGGUCUGUCUGAGUCGGAGCUGAACAAGAACUCUCCGGUGCUGCUGGAGCUCGUCAGGAAAGGACGACACAAAGACAAAGCCGCCGUCCCCUCUGAGGGAGACAGGAGCGGAAACAUCCCCAAGGACCUGCCUCAGAAACAGAUCGCGCACGCCCGGAAGAAGUUUGACUUUUACGACAAGGACCGGAGCGGCUCUGUUGCAACAGAAGAUCUGACGAGCGUCUUCAUGGAUUUGUUCCCAAGUUUGAACAAGAACAUGAUGGAAAGGUUCAUCACUGACGAGCUCCGAGCUGCAGACAAAAUCUUCUCUAAAACGAUAGACUUCCAGUUCUUCGUGGGAAUGUACAAGCGUUUCUACAGUCAGUGCAGAAGUGUGGUUGUUCUGGACUCUGAUGUCAGUCAACCUCAAAGUCAGAUUCCUGAAGAGAAAAUACGCUCUCCAACUGUCAGCAAGAUCCCCAGGUAUAAAGGCCAAAAUCACAGAGGACAGAGUCAGACAGCAGCCAAGGACUCGGAGCGUGGGGUCCCUCUGGGUAAAGGAGACUCCCAGCAACCGGCCUCCAACAACAAGACGCCCUCGGCUGGUCUGAGGAGGGAGCGUCUGGACCUGGACCUGGAGGGGGAGGACGACCUAGACGAGGGGGAUUCAUUCUUCGACGACCCGCUGCCCAAACCGCAGAAGACCUACGGCUGCCUCGUCCCCCUGAGGGAGGAGAGUUUCUCUGGGCCGGUCGUCUCCAACAUGAGACGGGGCAAAAGCCUCAGCGAUCUCUCUGUCCUGGCUGCUGACUCAGAGGGCGAGCGAGACGAUCCUCUCUCUGAUCCCCACGCUGAGCUCAGGAAGGCGGAGACGUCAGCGGCCGGUGGGAGUCCAGCAGGGUCCCUGUCUGAGGCCCACAGACCAGGAGGAAGAGGAGGAGGAGGAGGAGGAGGAGGAGGAAGCAGCACGUCGGAGCCGAGCCACAGCAGAAACGGUCAGGAGUUGUGUUUUCUGCUAAACGUAUACUCACUAAACUUUGUUUCCACAGACGAUGACGUGGAGUACGACGACGACUUUAACAGUCAUCGGUCAGACCUCUCCAAGAGCGAGCUGAGUAUCGGCGAAGAGAUCGAGGAAGUUUCCAUUGAGGGUCCUGACAACAGCGACAAGUUCGAUGAAACCACUCAGGACCUGAGCGUCUCUCAGCUCAGUCAGAGUCAAGGCGCCGACUACAUGGAGGAGGUGGCCUGACCUUCCAUCUUACUACACUCUUGGCUUUCCCAUCAUGCACCUCUUUGUAUUUUAAUAUUUAAGUCUGUACAGUUUCACCGAAUCAAUAAAUGGAUUUCUUGUAUUCCGUGCUUAAUCUA